AUGGCUCCCACAAAGAAGGGUGACAAGAAGGGCUGCUCUGCCAUCAACCAGUCAGUGACCAGAGAAUAUACCAUCAGCAUUCACAAGCGCAUCCACAGAGUGGGUUUCAUGAAACAUGCCCCUCAGGCACACAAAGAAAUCUGGAAAUUUCCCAUGAAGGAAGUGGGAACUCCAGAUGUGCACAUUGACGCCAGGCUCAACAAAGCUGUCUGGACCCAAAGAAUAAGGAAUGUUCCAUACCAUAUCCAUGUGGGGUUGUCCAGAAAGCAUAAUAAGGAUGGAGAGUCACCAAACAAGUUCUAUACAUCGGUUACCUAUGUACCUGUCACCACUUUGGAAAAUCUACACACAGUUAAUGUGGAUGAGAACUAA